AAAAAAAGCUGAAGUGAUAAAGACAACAAUUUAAUGCUCGAAAUUAAAGGAAAUUCAAUUUUUUCAUUCGGAAAAUUAUCAUAUUUUAUUAUAUUAGAUGUUUCAUAAAUGGUUGUUAUAUAGAAGAUGUUUGAAGUGUCCGCCGUUAGUUUCUACAACCUUUCUUAUAAAUGGAUGGAAAUAUUCAACUAUUUUGAACCUUACGUUCCGGAAGUCAUUUUGGUAUGAGGCGGUCACUUCGGAAUCUUUAUUCAUUUAUAACUCGAAAGCUAAGGCCACAUACGUCCGUUUCUUAUCGUUCAUGAAUGCCGAUUCAAAAUCGCUGAGUAGAAAAGAAAGGUCAUAGAAUAAUAUUUAAACAUUAAUAUGAUCUUUAGUAUUGUUUAUAAAGGUAAUUGAUCUAGCAGAGUCACUCAAGUUUUGAAUAUUCACAAGUAAAUAUUUCGGACCGCAAUUUAAAUAUGGUUAGUGUAGAUGUACCCCCUAAACUAUUGACACAUAUUUAUGAAACACCCUGUAUAACACGUUAUAUGAAAUUAAUAGUUGCAAUAUCUUUCGUGCGUAUAGUAAGAGUAUAAUAAGUAUCAUAAACGAGUUGUUUUAAAAUGAUGAUUAUUUUGACGAGCACCAACGAUUAUGUUCGUGCUUAUUUAAACCUAUUGUCUGUCAAUCACCAACGUAAUGAGUGUUUAUCUCUCUUAUUAAUAAACACUCUAAUGAGGAUGUGACACACACACACACACAAUGAUGGAUGAUGAUGAAGCACGAUCUUUAAAGGCUCAUUCUUUGUCCUCACAACAAUGUCGCGUGGAUCGUCUCUCGUAAAAAUGAUUUUUACGCUCUUCAAGAUACUUUAUAUGUUUAACUUGUUAUUAUAUUAUAAGACAAGCGGUUGUCCGCAAGAUUGGAAUACUUGUACGAAUCCUGAUUUUUCCCAUACGUCCAAAAGUUCGGAUAUUCUUCUCGAAGAUAUCGAAAGUCGAUUGUCCAGCCUCGAAAGAAGAUUAAGGGCUGUCGAACAACCAGUUUGGCAAAUCGGUACAACGAACGAGGAUUGGGAAAUUUGUGCCGAAGGACCAUGUAAGUGCGUACCAGAAACUAAAUCUCUUUCCUGUUGGAGAUAUGGAUUACUCGACGUCCCACCUUCCCAAGUGGUUCCUAAUGAUAUUUUAAAAUUGGAUUUGGGAAGUAAUCAAAUGACAGCACUACACAGAGAUACUUUCCUGGAUAUGACCCAACUAAAUCAAUUAGACUUGAGCGGUAACUACAUCGAGCAUCUGCCAUUGAACCUUUUUUUUUCCUUGCACAGUGCAAUACAUCUAAGAAUUAGCAAGAACUUGUUGAGAGAACUGCACCAAAAUCAAUUUGUUAAGGUGCGGAAUCUACGUAUUCUCGACGCAUCAUCGAACAGAUUGCAAACUUUACCAGAGAGUCUGUUCAUAGCUAAUAACGUCUUAGUAUUGCUCGAUUUUUCCAACAAUCUUAUAUCGUAUUUACCGAACGGCACUUUUCAUGGAUUAAAAACCUUGGAAGAACUUCUACUUUCACAUAAUCGUCUUACCACCCUUCAAAGUGGCGUUUUUCGUGAUCUUCUUAACACAAAGUGUCUAAAACUCGACGACAAUCGAUUGGCUAAAUUACCAGCUGACAUCUUCCAUCAACAAAUUUCAUUGGAGGAAUUGAAUUUGAGAGGCAAUUUAUUGACUGAAAUACCAGAUAAAUUGUUUUCCUCACUUGAACAAUUGCUAACACUCGAACUAUCAGGCAAUAGACUGACUCAUAUUAAUCUUUACGCAUUCGAUGGAUUAAUAUCACUGAAAGAACUUCAGUUAGGACAAAAUUACAUCAAAACAUUGACACCGGGAUUAUUCGAUAGUGUCAUGUCUUUGGAAAGGUUGGUUUUAUACGCUAACAGUAUAGAAGUCCUAUCAAAAAACACGUUCCGUGGAUUAAACAAUCUAACUUCUCUUUUUCUACAUUCCAAUCGCUUAAGACUAUUGCAUCCAGAAUUAUUCAAGGACACUCCGAAUCUACGAAAAUUAUUACUCGAGGCCAAUUAUCUGUCCUAUUUACCAGCAAGAAUUCUAGAUGGUUUAUUAACUAUACGACAGCUUCGAUUAGAACGAAAUCCUUGGCAUUGCGACUGUUCGGCAGCUUAUCUGGCAACAUGGUUACAAAGAAGAUAUUUAAUCAUUACAAAUAGUUCUAGUAUAGGGGAAAUUAAUAUCGGUGACAAUUCAAAAUCCUGGGAAUUUGGAGCUGGAGUAAUAUGUAGAGGUCCUGGUACUAUGGGAGGAAAAUUGUUAUUACGACUAACGUUCCAUGAACUUUGCGAGGGUCAAUGGGCUUCCAUGAAAGGCCUGGUACCAAGAUUACCAAAAGAUCUAUUAGGAACUCCCUUAUCAAGCAUAUUUGGCAAAAUUGCACAAGUAUAAUGAUGCAAUAUUUUUUAUCAUAUAAUAUUGGGUUGUCCGAAAAGUUCGGGCCGAUUUUCAAUAGGUAGAAUCAGAACAAAGCUAAAUAGAUGAUCGAAAUAAUUGGAAGCCAAUGACAUGUGUAUAUAUUCUACAAAAUAAUAUUUCAAACAUCUUUAGAAUAAAUUUUUGCCAGGAUAUAUUAAUUUUUGUUAGUGUUAUACGGCAUUGAAGAAAAACAAAAACAAAUUACACUAAAGCCAUUAAAUGCUUUCCUUUUAUAGGAAAAGUAUAAAUGCCACAUUGGGCGGAACUUGUUGUCUUGAUUUAAUGCUGGUGAUAUUGAGAAUAACCAAUGCCAUACGAUACAUAAACCCUUAGCGGCCACACGGGGUAUAUAUACUUAUAUAUAGUAAACCGUUUUAAUUUUGGCUCUUUUUUGAAUUUAUACAAAAAUUUAUAAAAAGGUAAAAUAUAAAUAAAUUAACAAGCAAUUUUGUUACUUUGAUACAAUUAUAAUAUAAUUUAGUAUAUACAUUUAUGUCAGUUAAAAAUUGAAAAGUUUCUUUAAUCAUUAAAUAUUCAUAUUAAUAAUACUUCUCUAAUAAAAAUAGUUACCAAAUCCAAAUAUAAGCAAACAACAAUAUAUAUACAGGAUGCUCCAAGAUUCGCUUUAUCAAACUGAAAAAUUAUACAAUGUUUUUCCAUCAGAUAUUUAUUAUUAGCAUCGUGAAACCAUUCUAUUCUACUAAUACUGGAAUAAUUAACUAGAAUUAUAUGAUUUUAAACAAAAAACACAAUAUUGUAAUUCUUUAAUUAAUCAGUAUUAGUUUUUAGUUUUUCUUUUCUUUUCUUAGUAAAGCGACUUUGUGAGACAACCUGUAUAUUACAAGAGUACAUUACAACUUUUAUGUAAAAUAUAGUUAAAUAAAACAUUUAAAAAAAUACAAUAUAAACAAA